GCGGGGGGCGCGGGCGCGGGCGCGGGGUCCGGGCGCGCGCAGCCGUUGGGGGGCGCGGGGCCAGCGCAUUGUGUCUGGCGGCGCGGGGCGCGCGGAUGGCGCCGCGGGCGCUGGUCACGGCGCUCAGCCUGGGCCUCGGCCUCUGCUCGCUGGCGCUGCUGCUCACGGCCAUCUGCACCGACCACUGGUACGAGACGGACCCGCGGCGCCACAAGGAGCGCUGCGAGCGCAGCCGCGCGGGCCGCGAGCCCCCGGACCAGCGGAGCCGCCUGAUGCCGCUGUCGCACCUGCCGCUGCGGGACGCGCCGCCCCCGGGCCGCCGCCGCCCGCCGGGGGACCCCGAGGCGUGGCGCGCGCUGCUGGGGCUCGGCGGGCUGGACGCGGCGUGCGGGCGGCCGCUCUUCGCCACCUACGCCGGCCUCUGGAGGAAGUGCUACUUCCUGGGCAUCGACCGCGACCUGGACGCGCUGGUCCUGCAAGGCAUCGCACAGAGGUGCACGGCCAUCAAGUACCACUUCUCGCAGCCCGUCCGCCUGCGCAACGCCCCCUUCAACCUGACCAAGACCAUCCAGCAGGACGAGUGGCACCUGCUCCACCUGCGCAGGAUCACCGCUGGCUUCCUGGGCAUGGCUGUGGCCGUCCUGCUCUGCGGCUGCACCGUGGCCGCCGUCAGCUUCUUCUGGGAGGAGAGCCUCACGCAGCACGUGGCCGGGCUGCUCUUCCUCAUGACAGGGAUCUUCUGCACCAUCUCGCUCUGCACCUACGCGGCCAGCGUCUCCUACGAGCUGCAGCGGCCCCCGCAGCUGCUGUACAGCCUCCCGGCCGACGUGGAGCACGGCUACAGCUGGUCGGUGUUCUGCGCCUGGUGCAGCCUGGCCUUCAUCGUGGCGGCCGGCGGGCUGUGCAUCGCCUACCCCUUCUUCAGCCGCGCCAAGCUCGCACACCUCAAGGUGGGCCGGGACUCCUCCGUCUGACCGGCUCCCCACGGGGCAGCCCGGCUCCGGGCGGGACCCCACGCACAACGGCCCCGACCCUGCUGCCCGCUGCCCUCCCGGAUGACCGAGAGCCAGAUGUGGCCCUGCCCGCGCCCCGUGGACUCGGCGGCUGUGGGUUCAAGUGCUUUAAAGACUGGAUGUUGGCCUCAGGCGGGGCGGCUGGCACGGCAGCGUCUUGGCGGGCGUUGGUCUCGAGGUCUGUACAUACCCCUUCCCGGGGGCACCGGUGCCCCUGCAGCCCGUGUCCUGUGCUCGCCGUGGCCUGCCCGCAGGACCGUCCAGUCUGCGUCCGUUCUGCUGCGGCAGAUGUCUGUGUUUCUCGUGGCGUUUCCUUGGCCCAGGAGGAGGCUCCUUCCAGGCCCGUAUUUAUUUUUGUAAUGGACGUUUCCUCGCCGUCAUGCUGAGAACUGUGGGCCCACGGGGUGGGCAUGGGGCUGCCCCCCACCCGGUACCUCCUCCGUGUGUCUCUGCAUUAAAUGACUGUCCCUUGGUA